AUGGAUAAUCUGAAGAAAUCUCCUGCUCAGGAAGGCAUCAAAGCGCAUCCUGAUAUAGAACAAAAGGAUUUGCCUGUCCUAGCCACUCAGGUGCCCCAUCCACAAACAUUUCUAGGGAAGAAGGGUCUGUGUUCACCUUGCCAGGAUCCAAGUCUGGAAACUGGCCCCCAACAACACACCCAGACAGCCAGUGAACGGUCUGAGGUUGAACAGUGGAGUGAGGAGGACAGCCCCCGACUCCCCUGGACCACCGAAAUGCGGCCAUGCCUGCCCCCCACCCCACCGAAAUCUGCUGGUUUACAAGCCGAGGGCCAAGGAGACAAGCGGCGGAAGCCAGGCCCUCCAUGCCCAGAAGAUGCCGCGCCAUCUUCGGCAUCGUUUGGCAGCUCCUGCACUGAAACAGUCAUGGAGGUAGAUGUGGCCCAGCAGGCCCUGGGAGCUCUCUGUAGCCUGGCAGGCGGUCAGAAUGCCGGGGUGGAGGCCUCGCUGCAUCGUCCCUCUAAUGUAACUUUGGGUAAUCCUGUGGCAACUAUUGAUUUGCAGCCCCCAGAAAAUAAUGUUGAAAUGUCAGAAACCGAUAGUGAAUCAUCAUAUUUAUUAAGGGAGACUCGCCCUCCAUUAAGUCUGUCUGCUGACGGGCAGACCUCCACAGACCCUGCAGGACCCACAGAGGAAUCGUGUUUAUCUGUGACGGCUGCUCUGAAGGAGCUUCACCAACUUUUGGUCAUUAGUUGUCAAGAAUCUCCAGGAAAUCUCGUAUCCGAAGAAGUAAUCUGUCCCCAGGAAAUAGCAGCUGAAGCCCGGCCCGACUGGAGGCAGAUGGCCCAGACGCCGUCUCCAAGUCAGCAUCUUUCAACAUCUUUCAGACCGGAGCAGAACUCUCAAGGCUCUUCCUGUGAGGUGAAAUCUGCCCUCGGGAAGGCCAAGAGAUCAGCCAGAGUGCCCUCAGGCACCAGAGGGGAGAGCAGGAUCGGAGGAAAUGUAGAUGAAAGCCCGGCAGCUGCUCCUGGGGCUGGCCACAAGUCACGGGAAACGGGGCCCUCUGCGGAGACGCUGGGUCACUUAAACUCACCCGAAGGCGCAACCGCCGAGGGGAGUCCCGCUCCUCCCGCUCCUCCCACUUCUCAGCAGACUGAGGCUUCGCCGGCCACCCUCAUCCCGCUAGGCCUCUCUCAGGACCCUCACAACCUGGUGACAGGAAUGCCUGAAAUCAGGGGAAAUGUGGUCUGUCCUGAAGCCACUAGGCCCCUCCACGGACUGGAGCAGCUUGACAGGCCCCUGGCGUCGAUCCCCUCACUUCUCCCGAGCCACCUUUUCCCUGCUGCAGAUGUGGACCGCAUCCUCCGUGCGGGCUUUACUCUGCGAGAAGCUCUUGGGGCUUUGCAGCAAGUUGGUGGAAAUGCAGACCUUGCUCUUCUCAUUUUGCUAGCAAAGAACAUCGUUGUUCCUACAUAACAUGGAAAAAGGUGGACCUCACUAGUCCCCAUUCCUUUCAAAGAUAAAUACCAACAUCUAGAUGUUAUGUGUGUAUGACAUGUAGAAACCUGCAAGCAGAAUGUGGAGCCAGAUUUUUUUUAAAAAAGACUUUAAUUUUCGGCCAAAGUAAUUUAUGAUCUCUUGUCUGAUGAAUUUGUCUAUGACACUUGUUUAAAAUUUGGGCCUUUUUAAUGUAGUGGCAGUAUGUGCACGUGAGCUUUUUAUUCUCAUUAAUGAUGCGUUCUAGAAUAAAG